GUAUUCACCUCUUUCUUUGAAUUCAACUAACAUUUUGAAAAAUAGAAACAAUGGAUUCUUCUUCUCUUAAUUUGCUCUACCAUCUGAAUAUCAACACUUCUUCCCUUCCUUUCAACGUAAACGACUCCGACGAGAUGUUUCUCUAUGGCUUACUUGCUCAAGAAACCACCUCUAGGGACGGUUAUGGAAUGCUGGCGAGUUCACGUGAUUCCAGUAGCUACGAGGAAGUUAGCUCGGUUUCUGAGCCAAAACCCUCAAAGGAAAGGACCUAUAGAGGCGUAAGGCGGCGGCCGUGGGGCAAAUUUGCAGCAGAAAUAAGAGAUUCAACAAGAAAUGGACUAAGGGUAUGGCUAGGGACAUUUGAUAGUGCAGAAGCAGCUGCUUUGGCUUAUGAUCAAGCUGCUUUUUCGACGCGAGGUUCGGGGGCAAUUUUGAAUUUUCCAGUGGAAAGAGUUAUGGAAUCUCUUAAUGGAAUGAAGUGUUACGUAGAAGAAGGUUGUUCACCUGUGUUGGCUUUAAAAAAGAGACACUCUAUGAGGAAGAGGAAAAAUUAUAAAGUAAGGGAAGUAAAAAAAGAGAAUGUUAAUGCAAUAGUGUUUGAAGAUUUGGGUGUUGAUUACUUGGAACAACUCUUGAGUUCAAGUGAUCAGAGAAGUACUAGAAAUGAAACUUUUACCGAGGGAUGUGAUAGCAUGAAUGAGAUCCCAUCAUCUUUAAUCAACAAUAUUUGAUUUGAGCCUUAUGAAUGGAGAAAUUUCUGGCAGUGACGGCUUUCCCCUUAAAGGGGUUAUAUGAGUCAUGAAUUUGUAAUUAGUCUGGCCAGUGAGUUCGCAUAUCAAAUGGUUAGAAAAAAAACACUAAAAUGGAAUUUCUAACCCAAUGUAAAUCAUAGGUCGAUGUAACUCAUUAUUUUAUUUUUAUAUUUUGAAGAAAAAAAAACAUCGGGGGAAAGAUUUUUGGUGGUGGCU